AUGGGCUCUACAAAGGACCUAGAUGUGGUUCUCAUAGACUCGGACUCGGAUCUGGAGCUACAGCAUGUGUCCAAGAAACAGAAAAUGGGGCCUCAACUGCCGCAAGCGGUGUCACUGGAAGUUGUUAUUCCCCCGUUUCAGAAACCGUUCCAAGACUCGGACUCAGACUCCCCGAAUCCUGAUGUUACUGCUCCCGUAAACGAGGGCAUCCCGUUGAAGGGCUCUUCACCUCAAGAAUCAGCGUCCAGUGAUCUGACAGCCGCCAGUGUGGACUCUCUGGACUUGGAUGAGAUCAGCAUGAGCGGUCACACGAAAAAUAACACAGAUGACGCGGUGCCAUCGGCAGAUCAGAUAGCUAUGAAGAGAACUAUUUAUGAGACGAGAAAAUUCUUGAAGAAUGAAGGUAUUAUGGCAUUUCUCGAAGAGUACCUUCCUCCCACAGCAUCCAGCGAUGAGAUCUACAAGCUCAUCGUCAUGCUAGGCUUCUAUCCUCGAAACUUACCUCCGUUUGAAAAAGGGGAGAACCUUCUCCAACUUAUAAAACUUCUUCAUUUAGCUAUGAAACGGGUUCGUCAAUUACGGUCCCGUCUUGAAAACUUUUACACAGUUGAGCAUGCCUUAGACAAGAUCAAAUCGGCACAGAAGGUCUUAGUGAUCACGGGAGCCGGUAUCUCUACAAGUUUGGGGAUACCAGACUUUAGAUCUUCCAAAGGUUUCUACUCUCGUAUUUCUCACAUGGGUCUCACGGACCCCCAGGAAGUAUUCGACUUGGAAAUCUUCCACACCGAUCCUUCCAUCUUUUAUUCUAUUGCACACAUGAUUUUACCGCCUGAUAACAUCUACGCUCCGUUACACAAAUUUAUCAGACUCUUACAGGACAAAGGCAAACUUUUACGUAACUACACCCAGAAUAUAGAUAACUUGGAGGCAAACGCUGGAAUCCUUCCUGAGAAGAUGAUCCAGUGUCAUGGGUCUUUCGCUCAUGCAACUUGUGUUACUUGUGGAUAUAAAGUCCCUGGUGAGACGCUUUAUAAAAACAUGAGGAAUAAGGAAGUUGCUUAUUGCCCGCACUGUGCCAAAGCUAGAGCCAGGUUAAUGGACCAGGAUGAUGCCUACGUGGAGGAGAGUUACGGAGUGAUGAAGCCUGAUAUUACAUUCUUUGGUGAGGCUCUACCGCGAGCGUUUCAUGACACAAUAAACCAGGAUCUUAGGGAAUGUGAUUUGAUCAUAAGCAUUGGUACUUCUCUCAAGGUUGCCCCGGUGGCUGACAUAGUUGACAAAGUGCCUGCCGACGUUCCCCAGAUUCUCAUUAACAGGGACCCCAUUCAUCAUUGCAACUUUGACAUCAGCUUCUUGGGCUAUUGCGAUGAUGUAGCUGCGUACUUGUGUAAUCGCUUGGGACCCGAUUGGGCUCUCGACCACCCGCAGUAUGAAGAAAUCUUGUGUCCAACCAGAGACAAUCUUCAGCUCGAGGCAACCAGGGAACGUGGGGUUUACAACAUCAUUAACCUUAAAAGAGAAUCCCAAAUGGCAAAUGAGCCACAACCCGCUCCCGAAGAACCAGACUUGGUCGUUUUGGAGCCUACAAUAUAA